AUGAACGUGGGCAAUCUUGUCAAUGACGUUGAAGAGUUCCUACAGCGCCAGCAGAGUGACAAGGUCGCGCGGCUGCUCGCAAUAUCGUAUGACGGCUCCGCGCCCAUCAACGAGAGCGACAGCGCCAUUGAUUCCAUCUGUCGGAGCUCGCUUUCCAAUGGUUACGACGACCUGGUCGCUCCACUCCUCAAGGCCAAGCGACUGGUGCAUCAGAAGAAGUAUGCCGAUGCGUACGACUUGCAAAUCGCAGGCUUCAUUCAAUUUCUAGAGAUCUUUCGCGACCAGAACAACUGGUUGGUGCCUCUGCUGCAGCGACUCACGUACGACACCCGCGUCUUGGCGCAGCAUGCUGACUCCGAGCUGUCGAACAAGCGCGGAAUUGACGUGACGGACAAGCUGGCGAACGCAGAGCAGAACCUGAAGAAAGGGUUCUCCAUGACGUUGAAUGAUCGCGCCGCGCCAGAGUACAGCAAGAAGCCUGCGACGUUGUACGUUGUAAACCAACUCUUUAAGAUCUACUUUCGGCUGAACAAGAUCAACCUGUGCGGGAACGUCAUCCAGGCCAUCAACAAGCAGAACUUCAGCAUCUUUGACAAGCGAGACCAAGUCACGUACAUGUACUACCUCGGGCGUAUCCGAAUGCUCGAGGACAACUACGUGGAAGCGAACGAGUGCUUUGGCUUUGCGUGGCGGCACUGUCCCGUCCAAUGCACACGCAACAAGCGGAUGAUUCUGCAGUACUUGGUGCCGGUCAAGCUCGUGCUUGGGGUGCUGCCGUCGCCGGCGCUGCUCGAGCAGUAUGAGCUCGACGAGUAUGUGGCGAUCGCGUCCGCCAUCAAGCAGGGCAACCUCGCCGCCUUCUACCACUGUCUGCAAGAGUUUCAAGUCCAGUUUAUGCAGCAAGGCAUGUACUUGCUCAUGCAAAAGCUGAGCCUCCUCGUCAUGCGAACACUGUUGAAGAAGGUCUACCUCAUUCGCGGCAAGAAAGACAAGGUUCAGUUGACCGAUUUCCUGACCGCGCUCGCUUUCGUCGGGACGUCGAUGGACAUGGACGCCCUCGAGUGCGUCAUCGCCAACUUGAUUGUGAAAAACUACGUCAAGGGGUUUAUGUCGCACAAACUGAACGUUCUCGUCUUGAGCAAGUCCGAUCCGUUCCCCGCCAUCGAGUGA